ACCCGCCUCACUCAUCCAUGAAGCUCGACGGCGCUUCAUACCGCCCUAUGUGGGCACCAUGGCGCGAUCGAUGAGGCUGUUUCUGAUCCGGCACGGGGAAACGGUCGACAAUGUCGCCCAACUCUAUGCUGGUAGCAGAGAUUCAGCACUCACCAACCACGGCUACCAACAGGCCACCCGCCUUGGUCAGCAUUUCAAGGCCCUUGGGUUGACGUUCACCCACCUCUUCUCGUCGCACCUCCAGCGGGCUGUGAAAACAGCUGGCAAGAUCCGAGAAGCUCAAUUGAUGCCCGCAAGCGACGAUAACACUGCGAAAGCGGUUCCGGAUGUCGUGCAGCUACGGGCGUUGAUGGAGCAGGACUUCGGAUCCAAGGAGGGGAAGAAGUUCUACGAUCGACUUGACAACAAGGAUACACCAGGCUUUGUGGAAGUGGAGUCGAAAAACACUAUGGCGCACAGAGCCGAUGCGUUCCUUGAUGAGCAUCUCUUGCCGCUCCUCGGCGAAGUGUCGGAAGACGCUGAUACUGUGGUUGCAAUAGUCUCGCAUGGCAUCUUCCUCUCUACUCUUUGGAAGCGACUGCUUUUGCGCCUUCCACGCCAAAGUGUUGCGCUCUCUCCAAAGCUCCAAGCAACGGCGCGACCGUCGCUCGAGCAUCUUGGUGGCUGGUCCAACACUGGUUACCUCGAGUUGUACGUGACCAGAGCAGAGCCUAGCGAUCACAGCACCUCGGCAGACGUGCGCGCGGCGCCUACCCCAGAGCCCUCUUCGUCGCCCGUUGAGAUGUCGGCAACCGAUCAAGGUCUGGGCGAGGUCAAAGUACCGCAAGCGGUAGUUGGACGUGGCCCCGCAUGCCAGCACGACUCAGAAGCGCCCAUCCGGGUACCUGGUCAAGCUUCACCGGCUAUCGCACCGCGACUCGCUGAAGUGUGGUCUGCAACCAUCCUUGCGAUCAACGGUAAGGACCAUCUCCGCAGUCUCAAGCGCACCGGGGGUGGUAUCGGAAGUUCUCGUCAUGAUGCAUCACAGAAGAGCAUCGAGACUUUCUUCAAGCGUCUUAAAGUUGAAUGAUGUUGUGAAUGGUAAGUCUACACUUUUUCUCCACCCUCUUGCAAUGAUGAAAACACCUUUUAAUCACAGACCUGAUCGGAAUUUACUGUCGACCAAAAAUUGUACCAACUGCUGUCUGAUUCGCAUCGAAUACUUCUACUCUUGAAAUGCCUUCCUUUGAGAGCUUUGCUAAUAAGAGAGGCUACAGGUCCCACGCGGCGUGCACUCAGCGUCACGCGUUCAUACUAGACUCGCAUCAAUAAACAUUAUUCCACUGCACAUGUGCUCUCAUCCGUGACUCUAUUCCACAGCAUCGUCAACGUCACACUUCAUUUCACGUUCAAGGGCC